AUGGCCACCGAAGUGGAAGCGCCCCCGCCGUACGAUGUGGGAGCACCUCCCUCAUACGAAUCGAUCAUCGCCAAGCUCGAUGCCAAACUCAAAGCUAACCCGACGAUCGAGGGUGCUAAGGAGGCGGUCGAGUCCCUCACCGACGUUGAGAAGGAGUUUCUUGCGUCUCAUACCCCCGAAAGUUUCAAAAUCGAGGCCGACGAGGCUAUGAAACUCGAGUUCAACAAGCGAGCGCUCGAGGCCAUUAAACACGCAGAAUCCCAUCUUCAGUGGAGCGCUGAGGAUUGUGCCACGAGCUGUAAGAAGGCCCAGCAGGAUUUUGAUGCCUUGUUGUCAAAACUGGCCUCCAUCUCCGCUGUGGACGGUGGCGAAGAAUCCAAGAAGCUCUUGGAUGACUUGGAAGCUCUAAGCAGGCAUGACCCACUGCCCUUGUUUAUUAUGGCUCGCGACUUUGACGAGGAGGUUGUGCCUAUCGCUCUGGACAAAACCAUCCCAAAGGACACCAAAGUAAAGAAGGUCGAGCUUUGGAUCGCGAAAGCUGAAGGGCUCGAGAAGACAGCCAAAGAUAUCACUGUUGACUUCCAUCGCUUCCUUGACGACAUGAGGAAGUAUGUUGGUCGCUUCAGCGCCUGGUCCACUAAGAAGGAACAGGCUAUCGAUAAGGAGAUUGACCAGCUUCGCGGGGAGGUUGCCGACUUGGAGCUAAAGAUCAACAACAUAUCCAAGGCCAUGGGUAUUGUUGGCGGAGCGACUGCCGGCGUUGCUGGCAUCGUCAUUCCAGCCAUCGGGUGCCUCCUUGCCCUGAUGGAAAUACCCGUCAGCUGGCCCUUGAUCAUUGGUGCUAUUUUUGCCGUGGGUCUUGCCGGAGCCGUCAGCGUCGCUAGCUUGGCCGUUGCAAUAGAAGUCCUCCAGGAGCGAGUUAAAGCCAGGAAGGAAAAGAUAACAGAACUUCAGAACGAAAAGGAAACGAUUCAGCAGACCCGCGAAGAGCUCAAAGACCUCGGGAAGAAGCUGGAAACUGAUAUCACCCAUGCCGUCAACCUUAUGCUAACCGCUUGGGACUACUGCAAAAAUGAUGCAAAAGACAUCAAGAAGUACCUUGAAUCAGCAGAAGAGGAUAUUAAUCUUCAAGUCCCUCCAUACCUGGCCUUGAAGGGCUUAGCCAAGGCAGAUGGUGCCUAUUUUGUGGUCAACAAGUACUUGACCACGUUUGCCAAUUGUUUGGCUGAUCACCGCCAGCCUGUGCUCACUUCCCAGUAG